GUGUGUUUACAUAUCAUACCCCAACAUUAAUUUCAAAUGACAGCCUAUUCUAAAGGUUCGUCUCCCCCAGUGUCACCACCGGGACCGUCGAAAUGGCGUAUUCGACCAAGUCAUCGAGGAUUCAUGAUACCUGCCAUCCAGAAGACAGUAAACAAAAAUGGCGACAAGAAGGGUAAAGCGCCUCAAAAAUCGCAGGACUUGAACGAUUGUUUCGAAGAAGCGUUGCAACAAACAAACGCACCUGAUAAAGACGACGACCAAGACGGCACUAACAAUGACCAACCGACACCUCAGAAAAAACCAAAGCGCAAUAGCAACAUCAGCAGCAGCAGCAAAAGAAGACGCUUGGAGCCCACAGCUAUUGAUACCAUCAAAGAGGCAUCAUUAAUGAAGCCUGGCAAAGGCAGCUCCUCCGAAAACCCGUCUGAGCGUAGCAGUAACAGCAGCGCUGCUGUGACGCGUAAGCGUCGCAGAACGUCGUCAAAAUCCGCAGCUCAAGAAAAAGUAGUAAACGCCACUCAGAAACAUGCAAAAGUGGAGGAAAGAUUUGAGGUGGAAGCGAUUAAGGGACACAAGAUAUACCGGAGCAGGGUAGUCAAAUACGAAAUCAAAUGGCUUGGAUAUUCUGAAAAGCACAACACCUGGGAGCCUGCUACCAGUUUCCAUGAGUAAGUAGCGGGUUGGACCACCUGGAUUUCUGUUGACGAUCCCAUAGCGCACCGCCUUUU